GUUUAUUUGAAGAUUGUCGUCAUAUUUUUUAUAGUUAAUCUGUGUAAUAAUUAUUCUAUAAAAUGUGAUAUUUAUUUCCCACUGUUCAUUAUAUUCAAGUCGGGUUCUUUGUUAGCGAAUAUCAUACUUGGUUUCACGUUACGAAAUCAUUUCUAUACACGGAAGCAGAUAGCAUCUGUAAUUUCUGUCACCUGCGGUAUUGUUUUGUUUACGCUGGCCAGUUAUGAUCCAGUGGCUAAUUCGAAGGCAUCAGAAUCAGUGCGCUUCUUCUCGAUUCAACCAUUUUUCAUAGAGGAUAUGUACAGAGUUUAUGGAAAGCAUGCUAAAGAGUCCAUGUUCAUGGUGCACUUUCUAUCUAUCCCUGGAUACGCACUCCUCGGAGAUGAGAUCGUCGAAGCUUUCCAUGCUGCAAAUCAUACGCCUCCAUUGAGCAUCUUUGGCUGUGAUCUGUUUAUACCUACAGCUUGGGGCUAUAUUUUAGGAAUAUGUGUCUUA